CUCGGUGGCGAGUGGCCCGGGGCUGGCGACCACUUGACUGUCACCAUGAUGCAGGCCAACUUCAUCCGCGGCGGCCUGCUGCUGAACAUGUUCUUCCUCCACGCCUUUGCCGACCACACCACGGCUUACAAGUUUACUGAGAUCUUUGCCGAGGAUGUCCGCCGUGCGCAAGGCCUCCCCAUCACAAACCCGGUUGAGAUCCCUUCAGAUGACCGAGCCAAGCUCAUGAAGCCCUCUGCUUCCGAUGCUGAGCUGGACCUGGUCCACCAUGAGUACAUUGAACUCCCAUUCACCCCCACUGGCGUCCCUCCCAAGUUGUCGACGCCCAACCACCACGGCCACGUCUUUUAUAUUUCUCCUGAGAACCUCGCUGCUCUCAAGAGGGAAGCAUCGCCCGCCAAUGCCAAACUGUUGAAGGGUACGGAUCUCCCAGCUUUCGUAUCUACCAACGAUGCCUUGACGGCACUCAUCUGGCGUUCCACCAUGGUGGCCCAGCACCCGAAUGUCAUUGCCGGUCGCGCCGACGCUGCGACGCCUGCCCCUGGUCUCUCUCAAGUGGGUAUCGCCCUUGACGCUCGCCGACGAGCCGGUGUUCCGGUCCACAAAUAUACCAUCGGUAACAUCCUUGGCUUUGCCCCUGCCAUGCUCGACCUCGACAAGGUUGUCAACGAGGCCACGCUUGCCGAUUUGGCAAUAAUCUCCCGACGUGCCCUGAUCAAGGCCGAGGGCACUUACCUGGAUGAGUUGAUGACGAUCGUGGACCGUCUUGAGGACUUGAAUCGCCUCGCACCUGUUGUGUUCCUCGACAUGCCCGGUAACCACAUGAUCCAGUCGUCGUGGCGGGAGUUCCCCUUUUACGACAUUGAGUGGGGUUCCGCCCUGGGUGGCAACAUGCUGGCGUUGCGGCCUCCGGCAGUUGGAAUUACCCACACCAUGCAGGUUGUUCUACCCGAUCCCAAGAGGGGUGGUGUUGAGGCGUUUGUGGGUGUCGAGAGCUCGGCCAUGGAGAGGCUCCUGAGCGAUCCCGUCUUCAGGCGGUUCGCCGACGCCCCUGAUGGGCUCUGAACUAUUGGAUAUUGAUUAGUAUUCAUCUUGGACUGGGACUAGGAGAGGAUGCCAAAGUCCCCAAAACGAAGGAUUUGACGCCAAAGGCGUUGGACUUCAAUUGUACAUGACAGGGAUGUAGCUUUCACUCGGUGCAACCACCCGUUGGUGUACCUCGGGAAACCGCUUGGACAAAGGUCGAUUUACGAGAAGCGACUUCUUGCGCGAAAGGAUUGUGAAGGACAUGAAUAGGGCUGACAAAUGUUGUAGCUUAAGAUGGGUUUCAAAUAGCGUCAGUCUGUUCCGUAAAUAUGUAUUCAGCUGGUAAAACGAACAAGAAAUUCAAUGUCCCAUUCCGCCUCGAAGUUUUCGUGUGGCAUUAUGGAUCAACUUGGAAACGUCUAAAA